GAAGAAAAUAAAAGUGACAGUAAUAUAUAACCUAGUUUCAAUUUGAAUUUUGAAAUAAUAUUUUACAUUUAAUUUAUAUGAUAAUAGUAUAUUUUUUGAAAUGGAUUGUAUAAAGCCCACUGUGGAGGAAAUUCAGUUUUGCAUGAAUGACCCAGCUUGUAUUAGAAACGUUUGUAUUUUAGCACAUGUGGAUCAUGGAAAGACUACAGUAGCUGAUUCACUUUUAGCAACAAAUCGUUUGGUCAGCAAACGUUUGGCAGGCUCUCUUCGUUAUUUAGAUGAUAGACCAGAUGAACAAGAACGAGGAAUUACAAUGAAAAGUAGUGCUGUUUCACUUUUAAAUGUAGUAUUCGAUGAAAUUGAAGACAAAAACAAAAAGGUAUUACUAAACUUAAUUGAUACUCCUGGUCAUAUAGAUUUUUCCACAGAAGUAGGAGCAGCUUUACGAGUAUGUGAUGGUGCUAUAAUUUUAGUAGAUCUUGUUGAAGGGGUGUGUGUACAAACAAGAGAAUCCAUUAAGAAAGCAUAUGAAGAACACACAAAAAUGAUUUUAAUAUUAAAUAAAUUUGAUAGGCUGGUAGUAGAACUUAAAAAGAAUUUGGAUGAAAUAUUUCAGUGCAUACUUAGGGUUAUAGAAGGAUGUAAUGCUAUAAUAGCAGAACUUUACCAGUAUGAUUUUACUCAUAAUGAUAUUGAUAUUGAAGAUACUGGGCUGUUGUUUAGUCCUGAUACAGGAAAUGUUAUCUUUUCAAGUGCUAUUGAUGGAUGGGGUUUUACUACAAAACAAAUGUCAAACCUCUUUGUUAAUUUAGUGAAAAAUGAAACUGUUGACUCCUUAAACAAAAAAAUGUGGAAUUUUGAUUGUUAUAUCAAUGCAUCAAAAGAAAUAAAGACAGGUGCUAUUGAAAAGAAGAAAUGCCCAUUGUUUGUUCAAUUUUGUCUUAAAACUAUUGUUCACAUAUAUGAAACAUUUAUACUGAGGAUGGAGAAGGACAAAACUCAAACAAUAUUAGAAAAAUUAAAAAUAAAAAACAUUACUAGAGAUAUGACUCAUAAUGACCCUAAAAUUCAAGUUAGAGCAAUAUUACAAGCAUGGAAACCAUUAGCUUCUACAAUACUCUUGCAAUGUUUAGAACAAAUGCCUUCCCCUAGUAAAAUUGAGCAAGCAAAAAUUGAAUACCUACUUAAUGUUAAUAAAUUUUGUGAAGAUCCAUAUUUUAAUAAAUGUGUUGAGAGUGUAAAACCUCACUUAGAGAAUAUUUCAAGUAAAGAUGACAUCACAUCUAUAUCAUAUGUUUCCAAGAUGUUUUGUAUAAAUAAGAAAAAUCUUUCACAAAAUAAACCUAAACCAUUUAUUAUUAAGCCAAGAAAUUUAGAGGUUACUCCCAAAGUUGAAAAUAUAGAAUCCGCUUCUAAAGUUAGUUCUCAGGAAAAUGAACUUAUUAAUGAAACCUCUGACAGUAUUAGUGAUGAAAUAUCUGUUAUAGCUUUGGCUAGAGUUUUUAGUGGAACACUUCGUGUUGGUCAAGAGAUAUUUGCCAUGACAGGGUCAUACUUACCUGAUGAAAUUAAAAUUAAAGAGGAUUCUGAAAAUUUUAUUCAAAAUAAUCCACAUGUUAAUAAAGUUGUAAUUAAAGAAUUAUAUAUGCUAUUUGGUAGAGAAUUAACUCUGGUGGAGUGUGUUCCUGCUGGAAACUUCUGUGGCAUUGGAGGUCUAGAAUCGUGUGUUUUAAGAACUGCUACAUUAUCAUCAGAUUUAAAUGUUGUUCCUCUUGUGGAAAGUCUUAAAAUAGAACCUGUUAUGAGGCAUGCUAUUGAACCUACAAACCCAAAGGACUUGCCAAUUCUUCGCCAAGGUUUAAAAUUUCUUAUUCAAAGUGAUUCUUGUGUUCAAGUGAUAAUUCAAGAAACAGGAGAAUUAGUACUACUCACUGCUGGUGAUGUACAUUUAGGAAAAUGUAUUGAAGAUCUAAAAAAUAAGUUUGCUGCUAUUGAUAUUCAUGUUUCUAGUCCUAUGGUUGCUUUGAGAGAAACUCUUGUUCCUGCUCAAAAUGAUGCUCAUUUCUCCAAAUUAAUGGCAAAUAAUGUAAGUGUAGAGACAAAAUAUUUGAAUUUAGAGGUGGUUGCAGUAUCAAUUCCUGCAAAUAUACUCGAAGUAAUCAAAAACAAUCAUGAUCUUUUUAAAAUGGUUGAAGAUCACCAAUAUAAGAGUUUAAUUGAUAUAGCUAAACAGUCUUUUGGAAAUAAUAGUAAUGUUAACACUGAACCGCUAGAGAAAUCAUUUAAGAGGGAAACCACAAAAAAGGCUAUAUUACAUGCAAAAGAACAGUUGGAAUCAGUUGAAUCUUUAGGUGCAUCAUGCUGGCAAAAUUUACAUAACAAGAUUUGGAGUGUUGGUGUAACAAGUAAUUUUGUGAAUCUUUUAGUAAACAACACUACAAAUUAUAAGCAUAAUAUAUUUUUGGAACUUAAUAGUACUGACAAGAGAGCUCUGUUUGAUCACUGCAUCAUUAAAGCAUUUAAUACUCUUUGUAAAGCUGGUCCCUUGUGUGAAGAACCAUUAGCAAACUGUGCUUUUAUUAUUACCAAAUUUGAACUGUGUAAUGAGAUCAAUUCUGAAGAUAUAACCCCACAAACUACAUCUGCUAUUGAAUCCACUAUUAGAGAUACUUUUAAAAGGGCUUUUGAGAAACAAGAACAAAGAUUGAUGGAACCAAUGUAUGUGACAGAAAUUCAAGUAAACACUAGCAUUUUGGGAAAAGUGUAUACUGUGGUUAGUAAGAGAAAUGGUAAAAUACUUGAUGAUGUUUGUAUGGAUGAUCAAGAAAAAAUCUUUCUUGUUAAAGCACAAAUUGCAGUUAUUGAAAGUCAAGGUUUUGCAGGUGAAGUCAGAAAAACUACGUCUGGACAGGCAAAUCCCAAUUUAAGAUUCAGCCAUUAUGAAAUUAUUGAUGGAGAUCCUUUCUAUGAACCAGUUGAGGAUGAAGAUGAUGAAGACGAGACCAUUAACGUUGAUUCUGCAUUGCGGGCCAAUAAGUUACGAAAAGAUGUAAGGAGGCGCAAAGGUCUUCAUGUCGAGGAUGAAGUGGUUAUCCACGCAGAGAAACAGAGAACUUUAAACAAGAAAAAAUAAUACUGUGAUAAAUCUACAUUCUGGUAUAUUAUUAAAAAAUGGUUAAAAAUAGUGAUUGGUGUAAAACUCAUAAAAACGCGCAGGAAUGCCAAUGUUUUUUUGUUAUUACAUCAUAAAAAGAUAGAUUUAAUAAAAUCAAAUUAUUUUUCUUAAAAUGUACCGAAACAGAAAUGAUUUUUUAUAAGUUUUCAGUUAAGUUUUACAAUAAAAUAUAAAUUCUA